GUCAACAGAAAAUGAAAUACGUAUCGACUACGUAUUGCGCAACCGCCAAAUCUCCCCUGUUACGCAGCAACUUACCCCACCGCCUCCAUUUUUCCCGUUAGAACUUUCACUUUUAUGCAUGAGAAGAGACAUUCGCCAUGACUCGAAUUCGUACUGAAAGCGGAGCAAAAGAAAAGCGCCUGUAUAAACUGAACUAAUACACCGAUAUUACAAAUCCGAUAAGCCUGCUUCAAGUCGUAAUCGCCUUCAAUAUUGCGUGAUCUGAUCCCCCUCAUAACUGACAACUUCGCAUGAAAUCCCGGGGCCUUUGGUCCAUGUUCUUAUUCUUGUAUGAAUUUACUUGAAAUACUCAAGGACCAGUCGUUACAACGGUGUAGUUCCAAAGGACAAUAUGGCACGAUCUGUUGAAAGACUGGCACAAAUCCAAACCCAGCUUGCAGGACAGGAACAACAAUCGGAGAAGGUCUGGAAACCCAGACAACGACCGUUUGAUGCGGCACCGCCGGUCAAGGCCAUUAUCGUUGGCGCGGGAAUAGCGGGUAUAGCAGCUUCGAUAUUGAUUCCCCGAAAAGUUAAAAAUCUGUCCUAUACUGUGUAUGAGCGCCAGGAUGCUGUGGGUGGUACCUGGGCCCAGAACCGGUAUCCAGGCGUGAGAUGCGACAUUCCAUCACACAGUUACCAGUUCACAUUCGCUCCUAACCUUCGCUGGUCAGAGUACUACUCUCCAGGACCAGAGAUACGGGAGUAUUACGAACGACUCGUCAAGGAAUACGGUGUAGACAAAUCUCUCCAUCUCCAGCAUGACGUUGUGUCCGCAAUCUGGUCUGAUGAUAUCCAUCAGUGGGUUGUAACGAUCAAAAAUCUGGCCACAGGGAAUGUCUUCACUGACACGGCUCACUUUUUCAUUUCGGCCACCGGUAGAUUGAAUGUCCCUAAAUGGCCGAAUAUACCAGGACUCGGGACUGACUACAAGGGGAUCCUGGCUCAUACAGCUGAAUGGACGGAAGAACUCACUCGCAGCCUUGAUGGCAAGCGAGUGGCUAUCAUUGGCAAUGGGGCCAGUGGACAACAAUUCCUAGUCAACACCUUCGACAAGCCGGCACAUAUCGAUCACUACGUGCGGUCAAAACAGUGGAUUGUCUCCUCAAUCAUUCCAAAUCUCGUCCCUGCCACAACCGAAGUACUAGGUGCACACGUCUUUACCGAGGAAGAGAAAGACAAAUUCGAAAAGGACCCGCAAGCAUAUCUCGAGUUUCGCAAGUCAUUGGACAAGAACUUCCACGGACGGUAUCAGGGGUCUGUUUCUGGUAGUGCGGAGAACGCCAAAAUCCGACAGAAAUACUCGGAUGCAUUGCUGGCGCGGCUUGGUGGUGAUAAAGCCUGGUUUGACCGAUUGGUUCCUGAUUUUGCACCUGGGUGUAAACGACCAACUCCUUCGGCAGGUUAUAUUGAAGCUAUUCGAAGCGCAAAAGUCGACUAUGUGGAUGAUGUGAAGAUCUCACAUGCUACAACAGACGGGCUCGUGACAGAAGACGGGAAGGAGAGGAAAGUUGACAUAAUUGUUGCAGCGACGGGCUUCCAGAAUGCCUUCCUCCCUUUGUUUCCUACCAUUGGAAAGAAUGGCUUGGAUCUGAGCAAGUACUGGGCUGCAGCCGGGCCGAUUGGAUUCCCCAAGACUUACUUUGGCGUAAUGGCCCCCAAUGUUCCCAACUACUUUGGUGUUAUACAGGCGAACACAAACGGCCAAGGGGGCACAUUUCCCCUCCAAGCCGAGAUAUCAGCAACCUACAUAUCCAAAGUCAUCCGCAAAGUCCAAGGCCAGGGCUACCAAGCUAUCUAUCCGUCACAAGAAGCAACGGACGACUUCAAUGAGAUUGUCGGUGCCUAUUUUGACGAUAAAGUAAUCGGCGACGACUGCGACGGGUGGUGGAAAAGCGGAUAUGGUAAAUCACGACCACUGCUUCCGUGGCCAGGAACGGGUCAUCAUCGGUUUGAUAUCAGCAGAGACCCUCGCUGGGAGGAUUUUGUAUUUGAAAAGUCGGAAGAAGGGACGAGGAAUAGGUUUGAGUAUUUUGGAAAUGGGUGGACGGAAAGAGAGAAGAAUGGGGAUGAGGUUUUGUUGACCAAUUAUCUCAAGGAAGUGGGCAAGAUUGACCUUGCGACAUUACACGAGCAUUGGAAUGAUUGAGAGAUAAUCUAAAUCCACUGGGUUGUGUCCUAGGAAUAUAACGUAAUUUAGGUCAAAUAGUGCCUGCCUCAGUUUCCUCUCGUAUCAGUAUCUGUUAUUUUACUCUGAUAGGAAAUCCAGUUAACCAAUUGCCGAAUCAGUUUUGGUUUAGUUACUAGCCGAGCUUUUGUAUAUCAAUACUAGAC